GUCAGGUUCUGAGGCGGUUUAUGAUGACUGUUGCUAUGGUUACGGCGCUUGCUUUGAGGUGACAUUCCCCGAUCGGCAGCAUUGAAAACUACCUCUCGGUUCAAAUCACAACCGUUCCCCCCCCCCCCCCCCCAACGAUGUUGAAAGACAAAUCGGGGAUUUAAACGUUUAAAAUGUCGUUGCGACGAUUCCUGGCCCACGGCCUGGAGCUCAGCCGCUCGGCUUUGCGCCUCGUCAGGCCCGCGGCCCGGGCCCGGGCUCAGGCAGGCGCGGCCUUUGUGCGACCUUGGGCCCAGCAAUCGCUCCAAGCCGGCCUACCCGCCCGUUACCGCUAUUUCCGCCUGUCUUUGGGCGGCCUAGCGACUCAGCUUCAACGCCGGUGGUCUCGGCAGCUCCACGGGCCAGGCGGAGCUUUGCUGGCCUUCGGCCUGGGCCUGGGCCUCAUCGAGCAGCAGGUGGAGAAUGUGAGGACGAGCAUCGCUGCCUGUGAGGAGAUCCAGACAUUGUUUAAAAGGAAGAAAAUUAAGUAUGAAAAUGCCAUACCUUCAUGCACCAGCGGCUAUCGAUUUGAAGAUUACAUGGUUGGAUACAAUAUUGGAAAGGGGUGUAAUGCAGCUGUGUACAAGGCCUUUAUUCCUGAAGUGUCCACACCAAAAGCAAGUGAUACGAUCACAACAGAGGAGAAAGCUGAAGAAGUUAACAGGCAGGGGAAGAGUGCAGCCAUAGUUCAGUAUGAUUCUGGUGAGGAUCCCGAACUAAGAAAGAACAUGCUGAUUGCACAGGAAAGCCCAAGUUUGAGUUUUGUGAUUUUGAAGAAAGAAACAUUAUUUGACUCACUGAGUGCUUGUGACGGAGACACCAGCAACCCCCUGACAGCUUCUGUGGAAGACAGCAGCUACCCGCUGCCGGCUUUCGAGGAAGACACCAACUACCACCUGAGGGCACCUGCAGGAGAUACCAGCUAUCCACUUGCUUUAAAAAUGCUUUGGAACAUAAAUGCAGGAUCCUCCAGUGAUGCAAUACUAACAUCGAUGGUUAAAGAGCUGGUUCCAACCAUCCCGAAUGCAUUAAAUGGAGAGUUUGGUGGAAUAAAAGGAAAAAAGAUAAAACCACAUCCAAACAUCAUUCAGAUUGUCCGGGCUUUUGUAGACAACGUUCCACUCUUGCCUGGAGCUUGGUUGGAGUACCCUGAUGUGCUACCAACUAGACUGAAUCCUCAUGGCUUGGGACACAGCCGCACCCUCUUUCUGGUAAUGAAGAGCUAUCCAUGCACCUUGCAGCAGUACCUGCAGAUCUGUAUCCCUAAUAAACAAUGUGCUACUGUGAUGAUUCUUCAGUUGCUGGAGGGAGUGGAUCAUUUGGUUCAACAUGGGAUUGCACACAGAGAUCUGAAGUCUGAUAAUAUUCUGGUGGAAUUUGACUCAGUUGGCUGCCCCCGUUUGGUGAUCACUGAUUUUGGUUGCUGUCUGGCCGAAGAAUCUCUGGGAUUGAAGCUUCCCUUUACCAGUAAUGAGGUCAACCGGGGAGGAAAUAUCUGCCUAAUGGCUCCUGAGAUUUCUGCAGCAAUCCCUGGACCCAGAGUCACAAUUGAUUACAGCAAAUCAGAUGCCUGGUCAGUGGGUACAUUGGCCUAUGAGAUCCUGGGUCUUCGUAAUCCAUUUUAUGGAUGUGGAGUGGAUUAUCUGGAGAGCAGGAACUAUCAAGAGGAUAAGCUGCCACCUCUGCCAGGCUCCAUUCACAGAGAUGUGAGGCUGGUGGUGAAACUUCUGUUAUGCAGAGAUCCUAAGAGGCGUCUGUCAGCGAGAGUUGCUGCAGACAUGCUACAUCUACACCUGUGGGGGCCAGAACUCCUUGCCUCAUCGCAAAUUACUGUGGAGAAUGUUUUCAGUUGGCUUCGGUACCAGACUCUGCUAACCUUCCUGCAGGUUUCAAUGAGUCAGAAAUUACCUGUGGAGACUGAACUAAAGAGAAGCUUCUUGGCAAAUCUCAACUUUGAAGAACUAAAGCUGGGACUGGAUCUGCUGCUCCAGGGGAAGACCUGAAUGAGUUCACAUCAAUCAAUAAAACACUCAGUUUGAAAACAGAAUUUGGUGAAAUCAUGCUACUAAUUAGGGACUAGGAAUAAAACUAUGCACUUAGUUUGUAAUUUAAGUAGAUGAGUAAAAUUCAAGGUGUUCGGGACAUAUCCUGACACAGCAGUUCAUAAAUGAAUACGUAAUACCAUACUUCACCACACAGUAUUUCACUGAUAGGAGAAAGAAACAAUUAGCUUUUUUGGAUCUGAAACAGCUGAUAAAUAAAUUCAUGAAUAUUGUGAUUAAUCUUGUAUUUAAUCUAUAAAUUUACUGACCAUGACAAUUUGAAAUGAAGGUCACCGUCCUAUGACUUGUGUUUCUUGCAUAAUUCCGUACUUUGACGUUUAACGCUGGAACUCAGCACUUAUAGUGAACAGUAGAAACCCAGAUGAUAAUCUGAGGUCCACAGUGCAUGGCACCGAAGGUUGUAAAAUGUAUGAGGAGAAUUCAAACAAAUUAUGUAGUGAUAGGUUACACCAAGUGUAGGUUUUCAACACAUGUAGAUUGUCAGAGCAAGGGGAGAAAGAGAGGGUGCAAAGACUUCAAGUUUUGAGAUUUUUUUGGGGGGAGAAAUAAAUUUGUGGAUUUAGGAAGUAUUAAUCCUGUGGGCAGGUUUAGUUUGUCAUUGCAGGUUCCGUUUUGGGAAGAAGUCUUGGAAAUAAUUGGAACAUUUUUCUGUAGCUUGUGGUUAUCUUGCAGUUAUAUUAGGUACUGAGCUAAUUAACUAACCAUUCACAUUGAUGCACAGUCUGCGUUUACAAUAUGGGCCUGUUUAAAGUUACUUAAAUAAACAGUACCACUUGAAAUUUGAA